AUAUUGCCACAGAUAUUUAUCCACUAUAAAUACUAUUGUUUAUUGUGAUCGGAAAAAGAAUCUGUUAAUUUCUGAUUUAAAAACAUUGUUAAAAUUUUAUUUUCACAAUAUGGCAGCAAUUCAAGUAGGGGGCGAACAACAAGCACCAACAGUGAUCAUUAAUCAAACCAUUGGUUUAGAUCCUGUUCAGAUGAAAUGUCCAACUUGUCAAGCCAACAUUGUUACUGAAGUACAUUAUGAAAAUGGUUUGCUUACGUAUCUGAUUUCCGGUGGACUUUGUCUUUUUGGUUGUUGGCUUGGAUGUUGUUUGAUUCCAUGCUGUAUGGAUUCAUGCAAAGAUGCCGAUCAUUAUUGUCCACAAUGUCGUACACUAAUACAUAAAACUCGUCGUCUCUAAUUGUUCGAAUAGACACCACUGAUUGAUUUUGAAUGAAUAAUGUGCAAUUUGAUAAUGUUUAAAAAAGAAUGAAAAUAAAAAUCUUUAUUAUUUGAAAC